CCCGGAUGCUCGGGGUCCCCUGGGGAGGAAGAGGGGGAUCACCUGGACACCAGGGUCCCCUAACGCCCCCCCCCCGCUUUCUCCGCAGCCACCGGGAUGUUCUUCGGGUCGGCCCCCAGCCCCAUGGGGGGGAUGUCCCCCCGCCAUGACACCCUGGAACCAGGGUGCCACCCCCGCCUACGGCGCCUGGUCCCCCAGCGUGGGCAGCGGCAUGACCCCGGGGGGCGCCGGCUUCUCCCCCAGCGCCGCCUCCGACGCCCAGCGGCUUCAGCCCCGGCUACUCCCCAGCCUGGUCCCCCACCCCCGGCUCCCCCGGCUCCCCGGGACCCUCCAGCCCCUACAUCCCCUCCCCCGGUGGUGCCAUGUCACCCAGCUACAGCCCGACAUCACCCGCCUACGAGCCGCGCUCACCUGGGGGCUACACCCCACAGAGCCCGAGCUACAGCCCGACCUCGCCCAGCUACAGCCCGACCUCUCCCAGCUACAGCCCGACGUCACCCAACUACAGCCCGACCUCGCCCAGCUACAGCCCGACGUCACCCAGCUACAGCCCGACCUCGCCCAGUUACAGCCCGACGUCACCCAGCUACAGCCCCAACCUCGCCGAGCUACAGCCCCACUUCCCCCAGCUACAGCCCCACUUCCCCCAGUUACAGCCCGACCUCGCCCAGCUACAGCCCGACCUCGCCCAGCUACAGCCCGACAUCACCCAGCUACAGCCCAACUUCUCCCAGUUACAGCCCGACUUCCCCAGCUACAGCCCAACGUCACCCAGUUACAGCCCCACCUCUCCCAGCUACAGCCCCACCUCUCCCAGCUACAGCCCCACCAGCCCCAACUACAGCCCCACCAGCCCCAACUACACCCCGACUUCCCCCAGCUACAGCCCCGACUUCCCCCAGCUACAGCCCCACCAGUCCCAACUACACCCCGACCUCCCCCAACUACAGCCCCACCUCCCCCAGUUACAGCCCCACUUCCCCCAGCUACAGCCCCACCUCUCCCAGUUACUCCCCCUCCAGCCCCCGCUACACCCCCCAGUCGCCCACCUACACCCCCAGCAGCCCAGCUACAGCCCCAGCAGCCCCAGCUACAGCCCCACCUCCCCCAAGUACACCCCGACCAGCCCCAGCUACAGCCCCAGCUCCCCCGAGUACACCCCGACCAGCCCCAAGUACAGCCCCACCUCCCCAAAUACAGCCCCACCAGCCCCAAGUACAGCCCCACCAGCCCCACCUACAGCCCCACCACCCCCAAGUACAGCCCCACGUCGCCCACCUACAGCCCCACCUCGCCCGUCUACACCCCACCAGCCCCAAGUACAGCCCCACCUCCCCCACCUACAGCCCCACCAGCCCCAAGUACAGCCCCACGUCGCCCACCUACAGCCCCACCAGCCCCAAGGGAUCCACCUACAGCCCCACAUCCCCCGGCUACAGCCCGACGUCGCCCACCUACAGCCUCACCAGCCCGGCCAUCAGCCCCGACGACAGCGACGAGGACAACUGAGCCGGGAGGGGGGUGGGACCCCCCCAGAAACCCCCCCAGAAACCCCCCCCAGGCUGUGGGGGUGACCCUCAAGUGCGGUGUCACCUCCUCAGGUUGGGGCGGAGGCGGCUGACCCCCAAGUUGGGGGGGUUGACACCCAAAUUGGGGGGCGGGGGGAGUGGUGACAAAUAGGGUGACACUUAAAUUGGGGGAGUGACCCCUAAAUUGGG